AUUUGCCAUUUGAAGUCUGCAAGCCCAUGGAAAAAGAGGGUCAGCUCUCUUAAUAACUUUUCCUAAAGACAAAAAGGAAGAAACUUGUCUUCGGCAUUUGGAAAUACACCUUCCUGGACUGGAACUGGGGAUGGCCCAAUCCACGUUCUCACUCCUCAUGUUCCUUUCGUUUCUUCUGAAUCUUUUCUACUCCAGCUCAGGACAGAGCCUGGUGGCAAGAGUGAAUGAACCUGCUACCUUUUCAUGUGAUUAUGAUAUUCCUAAAAAGGAAAUUGCAAAUUAUCGAGUCUAUUGGCAAAAAUCUGAGAAAGUGGUACGGACCUAUGUACAUGGAAAAAAAAGCGAAGAGCUCUUCCACUCUCCAUUUGUGAACAGGACGACUCCGAUUGACUUACUCAAAAACCUCUCUGUCACAAUUCUUUCCCUGCAAGUGGCUGAUGAGGGCAUCUAUGAGUGUAUAGUACAGAAAAUGGUAGGCGGGCAGUACAAACGUGUCCACAAGCAUGAUGUGAAACUGUCAAUUAGAGCUGACUUCUCAGAUCCUAUUAUCAAGGUGAAUGAAGAAGAAUUGCCUUUUCCUACUUGGAGGAUAACUUGUUCAUCUAGCAAUGGUUAUCCACAGCCUAACCUCAUCUGGUUGAGCAAUGGGAAAGAACUAACUUCCCUCAACAUCACCAUUUUCCAAGAUCCAACAACUAAACUCUAUGAUAUUAAAAGUGAAUUGCAUGUCAAUCAAAGCAACAAUUUCUCUUUAACCUGCUUAAUCAAAUAUGGUGAUUUUCAAGUGUCGACAAAUAAUACUCUUCGAAAGGACCCAGUCACUGUGCCAACUUUUCAACCACUCAUCAUUGCUUCUAUCCUGAUAAGCAUCUGCUUUUCCUUAAUAGCUUUGAUACUAUGUCUAAACCGAUUCCACUGCCAGUUCUGUAAACAGCCAGAGGAUGGCCUCUACUCUGAUGCUGAAAGAUCUACUGUAGCAGCCACAGAGGAAGAGGCAAAUGAAUUGGUGAACCGACUAACUCAUGUUGAAUCAGCUGCAACAUCUGAUAAGGCAGCCAGUGUGUGAAGGUAAUCCAACAACUCUCCUCUGCCCCUGUUCUGUAACCUGGAGUCAUCUGGGACAUGAAACUCAAAAUUAUACAUUGCUUUCCAGUUGCUUUCAGAAUGAAAUUUUAAUUUUUCAUGUUUGAAGGCCCUUUAUCAUUUCAGCCCCUUUAUUUCAAUCAUGUCACUGUUAUUUCUUACUAUUUCCCAUCUUCCUCCAAAGAACAAAACUUCCUCAUUUCUACUCUGCUUUUUUUUAACCUACAACUGGCCCUUCCUGAAAAGGGCCUUUCUCAUUUCUCUUUGGUAAUAUGUCCCUUCCUUCCUUUUAAACCUUAUUUCAAAUUUGUCUUCAAAAACCCUUCCUUGAUAAAUUUAAAUUGACUCCAACUAUUUCUUUCCUUCUUAUUUAAAAAAUUUUAUUAACUUUUCUUUAAAAAAAAAAAGUCCUUUCUCUAUGAUUCAUCCUUUUCCACCAUUAAAACUCUCUUAUAACAAAUAAAUAAUCAAAUGAAACAAGUCACCACAUUGUUCAUGCCUCAUUCUGCACCUGUGAUCUACUGAAUCUGACAAAAGGCAGAAAGUAGGCUUCACCAUAAGAUCUUCUAAAAUCAUGAUUGGACUUUGUAUUGAUUAGGGUCAUAUAUUUGGUGAUUUUUUAAAAAUGUGAUAUAUUGUAUAUUAUUGUGAUAAUUGUUUAUUUUUCUGCCUUUUCUUUCUUUAUUCUUCCCAAGUUUCUUUGUAUUCUUCAUAUUUGUCAUUUCUUAUAGACUAACAAUGUUCUAUUAUAGUAUUACUUUACAUAAAACUGUCUAAUCGUAAGACUUAUCUACCAUUUAAGAGUUAACAAUAAUUUAAUGUAUUAAAUCAUUUCUCAAUUGACACUCACUUUCCUAUUAAAAAUUAGAGAUAGGGACUGGACUUGUAACUUUAUAGAUACAGAGAAUUCCUGAAUGAAGAAAUUCACUUUAUCAAUGGAAAUCAGUAUUUUCGCUACAAUCCAUACUCUUAGUUGUUUAAAACAUUGAGGAUUAAAAAAGAUUUUCCCAGAAUUGCAUAGCCAAUAGAGAGAACCACAGACAAGUGACUUCAUAUCUCUGAGACCUGCUGCUCCUUGACUAUUACAACAUAUUGCCUAUUUUAUUUAAAUGUAUGCCAUCAAUAUUUUUGUAUAGCAUCUUUAGCAUCUCCCUCUCAUAUGUGAUUUUCAAAAAUGAUAGUUCAUGUGUCCCCACCAAGUCUGACCUUUUCAAUCCCUGUGUCUGAAACUGAGAUCAAAGCUUUCAGUUAUAGAUAAUAACCUUACUUAUAGUUAAGCAGUCUUCCAUAUUCCCAAGAUUUUCUCUGGCUUAGCUAAAAAUGAAUUUGAGCUGGGAAAUGAUAAUAGCAUUCUCCAUUCAUAUAACCCACAUACCUGUCUUUAAUAUUCAUAUAUGUCAAGAGGAAAGCUUUAAAAAAAAAAAGCAAAAAAAAAAAAAAAGGAAAAAAGAUAAAAAAAAUAUCUAUACUCUCAAGGAGCUUACAUUGAAGGGGGAAUAAAAAGUAUAGAUAUAUAUACAUAUAUGUGUGUGUGUGUGUGCAAAAUAAAUAUGUACAUUACUACCCCUGCUUUAUGCAGACAUUUUGUUUUUUGAAAGAGGGAGGAUAAAAGGGAUAUUGGGGAGAAAAUCAUCUUCAAACAGUUCCAAGGAUCUAUGAGCAAACAGUCCCUUAGAAAAAUGUACUAAGUGGACUAGUUUUGAAAGAAGUUCAGAAUCAAGAACAAUGAUUGAUGAAAAGCUGACUUUAGCACAGGACUGUCUAUCAGUUCAUUUACAUAUGCCUAUUUUCAGGAUUUUGGAGGAUAUAGCUGAUAAUCUAACUAUCAGAAAACAUAGGAGACAAUGGGAAAACUGCAUAUCAUCUGUUAGCGAACACUGGAUUUGUCAACCAUGACUAUAAGUGGGUCUCUCUCUCCUCAUGCGGAGUUCCUGAUUCAGGACACUGGAAGGCAAAAAGGGAUCUGAAAAAAAAAAAAACCCUGAAACUUGAAGAGAGAUAAUGCUAAGAUAAAAAUAAAGCAAGGACUGCCAUUCAACCCUUUGCCCUUUUAAAAAGGAAAAAAAAAAUAGAACAGAGGAGAAUCUAAAUCGAAUAAAACAUCAUUUUGGGAAUGAGUCAGCUGAAAGAGCUGACUGUUGUAAAUAAGCUUUGUAGGUGGUGCAAGGAGCUCUUUGGAGUAGAGCUCCAGAAAUGAUAGAAGAGGUUUCAAGAAAGUAGAAUCUUUUUGCUUAUGAAGAAGCUGGCUGGGCUUGUAUGCAAUGCUCUUUAGCACCAUCUAGAGAGUUGGGAGUAAGCAGAACCGAGGAGUUUUGCAGAUCUCUAGCUUCUUGUCACUGAACCAACUUAAAACUGGAGACUCCUAAGUUCAAGGACUGCAAAGCAGAGUUGUAAACUGCCCUAGGCACAUGGAUUUCCCGACUCAUAUGCUUCACUUCUAGUUCUAGUUAACUAGAACACUAGUAAAGUAAACAACUAAAAAAGAGAAUAACAACCAGAAAGUAGUGUCUACUCUCCCUCAUGCAUGGAUGGGAGAAUGUGACUCAGGUUUAUGAGCUGAUUCUUAUAUUUUGAUUAUUCCUGCUUUUGCUCCCUAUUGAGCAAAUGUAUUGUUCAAUUGCAACUUCAGAGGGAUAGCAAUGAAAUAAUGUUUUUUUGUAUCAGCAGAAAGGAAAAGAACAAUAGAUGCUAAAUGAGUUGAUUAUUUGUCAAUAUGUCCAAUGUGUUAAUUUGCUUCACUUGACCAUAUAUAUUAUAAGAGGUGGUGCUAUUGAAGGAUAAAAUAAUUGGGAAAUGAUAGUGAUAGUUUUAAAGAGAAAAUUUUUUUCAAUUUCAAAUUCUUUCUCUCUUUUCACCUCUUCCCCCAUUCAUUGAAAAGGCAAGAAAUAUGAUUACAUGUGGAUAGAUGGACAGGUAGGUAAGUAGAUAGGUAGGUAGAUAGAUAGAUAGAUAGAUAGAUAGAUAGAUAGAUAGAUAGAUAGAUACAGAGAGACCAGAUAGAUGCAAGACUUUAGCCAUGAUUUUUUAAAAAGCCAAAAAUAAUGUUUCCAUUUGCACACAGAAUUCAUCAGUUUUCUCUCUGGAGUUGGAUAGCAUAAGUCCUUUGAAAUUGUUGUAGAUCAUUGUAUUAAUAGAUCAGAGUUGCUAGGUCUUUCACAGUUAAUUAUCACUACAAUAUUGCUAUUCUAGAUGCUGAGUGAAGUGAGCAAAACCAGGAGAACAUUAUACACAGUAACAAGAAGAUUGUAUAAUGAUCAAUUGUGAUAGACUUAACUCUUCUCAGCAAUAUUGUGAUUCAAGACUAUUCCAAUAAACUUGGGAUGGAAAAUGACAUCCUCAUCCAGAAAAAGAGCUAUGGAGACUGAAUGUAGAUCAAAGCAUGCUAUUUUUACCUUUUCUUGUUUUAUUUUUUCCUUACUUGUGCUUUUCCCCUUUUAGUCUAUUUUUCUUUCACAAUGUGAUUUAAUAUGGAAAUAUUUUUAAAUGAUUGUACAUGUAUACCCUAUAUAAAAUUGCUUGCCGUCUUGGGGAGGGGGAAGAGAAGAAAGGGAGGGAGAAAAAUUUUAAAUCUUAAAAAAGCUGAUGUUAAAAACUUUCUUUACAUAUAAUUGGAAAAAUAAAAUACUGUUAAUUUAAAAAGAUAACCACCACCAAUAUUGCUAUUACUAUGUAUAAUAUUCUGGAUCUGUUCACUUCACUUUGUAUCAGUUCAUAUAAAUCUUACCUGGUUUUUCUGAAACCAUCUAAAAAGAGUACAUUUUUAAAAAUUAUUUAUUUAGUAUUACAUUUUUCAUAAGUUACAUAUAAAAAUAUUUUUAAUGUUUACUUUUAAACUUUGAGCUUUAAAUUGAGAAGGCAAGCAAUUCGAUAUAGGUUAUACAUAUGUAGUCACGCAAAACAUUUCCAUAUUAGUCAUGAUGUGAAAGAAAACAUAGACCAAAAAAAAACCUCAAAAAAUUUUUUAAAAGUAUACUUUAACUUCUAUUAAGACAUCAUCAGUUUU